UCAAGUUUUACCUGUUGUGUUGCUGAUGGAGGAAUGGUUAAAUAAAAGCAUUUCACUGAAACCUGUGACACUGCUGCUUUCAGAAUACAGCCAGUAUCCUCCUUCACAUUGCACUCACUAUACCACCUCUCCUUGCAAUAUGCAUCUUACCUUCAUGCCAUUAAAAGACUGCACAGUUAUAACUGCUCCUCCCCUGCUCCAGGGGCAAAGCAUUAUCAUCUGACAACCUUACUGGUCAAUUGCAGCAGUGGGGAGCAACAUUUUCAGCAUAACCUAAUCAAGGCUGUGCAGUUGCCAUGAGGGGGCAGUUGGAUAUGCCACAAAGGUGUGUCAUGUUUUACAGAUGUCAGCAGACAGAAAGUCUUGUGAUUACAAGCCAUUGAAGCUGUGUUCAUCAAUUGACUGAUGUAAUACCAGCGCAGCAGUUUCUAACCACCACAGAGGCAGGGAGGAGUUCAGCUGAAAAGCAGAAGGGAGCCAUGUCUACCAGGAACAGCCUGCCUGUUGCAUUGUGUGCCCAUCCUCCUGCCUCUCCCACCUCUUCCCUUGCAAGGAGGAAGGAAGAAACGACCUCAGUUGUGGAGAUACCUGACCAAAAACAACAUCUCUUGUCUCUUGGCGUGUUCGAUCUGGUUGUUUCUUACAGUCUUUGACCCUACUAUGGCCUCCAGUCUAAAUGUCAUCUUCCUUCUUCUCGGGUUCCUUCAGUUCAGAGGAUGGCAGGUUGCAGGACUGAAGGUCAAACAACAAGACUCUCUGGUCCAGGUCGCUUUUCCCAAUGAAGAAGUAUCUAUGAAGUGCUUGGUGAGCUACCCCUAUAUGAAGGAAUACACCAGCUUCUCAAUCCGGUAUUACCGAAUGGACUCAAAAGGCAAGAGCUUCAUACCUACAUCACGUAAAGUAUCUGAGCAAAUCCCACCUGGAAAGGAGAAUCAGACAGUAGAGAUGACUUAUGAACAGAAAAUUGGGCCACUAAAAAACUCCGCUGCUACUGGCACCUACUACUGUGAGGUCAUGUGGAAAAGCACAACGAAAACAGGAAAUGGGGUUUUCAUCCUUGUUAGAGACAAAGGGUACACAGAGCCGACCUACAACUUGUGGAAAUUUCUCAUCGCUCUUACCACUAUCCUCGCCAUUCUGAGCAUCACUGAAACAGCUCUUCUGCUGUGGAAAAGAAAGGUGAGGUGUCCUGUGAGGAGCCGCUUCCAGAUGCACCCAGUCCUAAAUACUGGAGCCCAAGUCCCUGCAGAAAGCUCCGAACCAUCUGGUUCUGUCUACACUUGCCUAGAAUCCCAUCAAGCUGAGGUCUAUUCUGUCCUUGAGAAUGACACAAAGAGCCUGUCGCUUGAGAAGAAUCCCACUGCUAAGGUUCAAGACAUGAUCAGCUCACAGCCAGACACAGUUGGCAGUAGAAAUGAAAACUAUGAGAAAACAGGGAAGAGGAAAAAGAAGAAAGAAAAGAAAUCUCAGCAAGAAACUCCAGAAGUGCUCUCUGAUGCCCUGUAUGAGAAUAUCUAAGGGGAAAGACUGAUCGCGCUUGGACUACACAUCUCAGAGUAUGAGGGAACUUGCCCUCUCACUUCUUCUUUAGUGUCCAUCUGAGUUCUCCAGAGACUCGCAGCACACUGAGGGCAGAGCCCUGACUAACUCCCCCACUCCCACUCUCUUUCUAAUCUGUCCCUUAUUGACCUCAGAAUUCUUCGGUUCUGAUCUCAGAGUGGCACUGGCUCCAUGGGUGCUCCUUCAGACAAUAUUGCUUUCAGUUAUUUAUAGGUCUGACUUUUAGAGAUAGUGUAGUCAGGUUCUGUGCAAGUUUCCCUCCUCCAGCUAUUCUGAUGCAGUUGAGUCCUGAUUGAUAGCCACUGUUGUACAACACAGGGACGCCACUAUUUCAACAGCGCAUCUCACUCCUGACCUAUAUAGCCCAUAUUAUCCCACCCUCAGCUCUUCCCCAUCAUGCCAAUAUGAACUUAAUAUGUGUCUAUUGAGGACCUGGUUGGGAGCCAAGGAACCCCCUCCCUGUGUUCCCUUUCUCAACAACUUCAGGUUAAAACAUGCUGAGGCAUGAAGCAAAGUGACUUUGGUAACCCUAUGCUGUCACUGCCAGAUGUACAGUCCAGCCCUGUGCUGCUCCAAAACAGUCUGUUGGAUGCAGAUGUGCAGGGUGAGUAUUUUCCUUUGAAUGGAACCAACAGCAUGUGAUAGGGAGGGACCGCAUGAAAAAAGAUGAAAGCAGAAAAUGAAGCAGGAGUCUUGCUGGCUUGUGGACAUGUCUCACUGGUGAUGUACCUUUCAAGAUAAAGUAUUGGGAGACAGGGCUUGCAAGAGCAGCUGCCCUGCUGGAGUCUGUCCUGUAUAGAACCCUGACCUGAGGUUAUGUCCCUUCCAAGAAGGGUGUUCAGAGGACGCAUUAACAGCCUUCUUUUUAAUAGGUAUUGUUACAUGGUGUGAUUGGGUUUUUAAGCCGUGGCAUGGGUAGAUAUCAUAUCUUAGGGAGAAAUUCUCACCCAAUUCAAGUCAGUACUUGCGGAGUUUUGCCAUUUACUUCAGUAGGGCCAGGUGUUUAGGGUAGUAAUAAAAAAAAUUACUUAGGCAACUAGACCAGUUUAUCAAAUUAAUUAUAUAUGGACUGGAGACCCUGCACAUGAAUUUUCCAUCCAAGCUCUUAUCUUUCCCAUCAUAUGGAUCUAGCCAAAACACUAAACUUACAUGCAUUGUAGUUCUGAUGGCAUUAUAUUGUGCAACUUGAUCUAAACAAUGGAUCAAAGAUUCAAAGAUGUUGUACCUCAGAUUUUUUUAAAAACAAAACAAUAAUCAGUAGAAUAAACUGAGAGGAAUCAUACAAACCUUUUUAAAGAAGAAAAUCAAAUUAAAACUGAUCUGCAUGUCAUAGGACCCCCUCUAGUUGUAGAUAACGUUGCUAUAUAUCAAAGAUAGAAAGCCAUGGAAAAUAUUUUCAGGGCCUCCAGCCUUCCUAUACUAUCUUUUGAGAAACAAUCCUCAUAUUGCUUUGCUCAUUUAUUAGAAGAGAUUUCAAAUGUGGAAUCUGUACAUUCUUUAUUGAUAAAUAUUUUUCUUUUACCAAUGUCUAGAAAUUCAUUGAGGCAAGGAUCCAUUUAAAUUGUUUUUCCAUGUAUAAAUAUGCCUGUGGUCAUAUUGUGAAAGAAUUUUAAAAUAAGUAUUUGAGAGUCACCAAGUUUUAAUGUUUCCCUUGACACAGGAAACAUGAAUUAGAAACAGAAAGGUAUAGACUUGAAGAAUUUGCAAAAUUGAUGCAAUUAUAGUAAAAAAAGGUCCUUGCCAAAUUUUAAGAUAAAUUAUAUAAAUUGAGUGCAAUGUGGCAAGAAAAUCUUUAGGAUGAGCUGAUAAAUUAGACAAGGAGUUAAAACUUACCAAAAUAAAAGGAUUUGUAAUUUUGUUUGAAAUAUGGCAUUUUAUAAUCACUAAAUAAUUCAUGUAUCACUGGGAAUUUCUUGCAAAGAUUCUGUAAUCCACUGCUGAUAACUUCUCUCUGUUCAGUCUCUUGUUCAUCAUUUUCUUUUAUGCUUUUUCUUCUCUAACUAUAUUUAGCUCUGACCAACUCUCUAUAUUAUAUACUUGGGGUUAUAAAAAAUUAUAAAAAUUUAAUUGAAAGAAGGGGCUGUAAAAUAGCACAAUUCUCUCAUUCAGUACUGUGGUCAGAAGAUGGUAGACCAAGGGUUGGCAGCACAGUGGGGGUAUGUCUACACUACAGCACUAAUUCGAACUAACUUAAUUUG